AUGAUAGGCUGUGUAGUGUACCACUGCCAUCUAGUGGCAGAAGUUAAUAUCAGCUUUACUUACACAGAUAGUUUAUACAGACAGGAAGUGACCUUUGUUCCAGGAAGCUCUUCCACCAUCUUGAGGUCACUCUUUCACUGGGCAGGCAGCAUGUAUCUAUCUCUCCCAUGAGGUUUGGGACAUCAUCACCUGUAAGUGCCUUUCUGCUUAGUUAUUUGUCAUUUAUGCUAGGCUAAUGAUUCCAUGUGUACUGAUAUGUUGUUAUUGUAUUGUAUUGCAGUUUCACAGACUAAAAUAAAGUUGGAGUCCUCUGGUGGACAAUACAAGCAUGGGCUUCUGUUUACUGGAGUCUUUAACAAGUGUUUAGCUGUCCGUUUAGAACCACACAUAGUCAGUGUUUUGAGAGCGGAACAGUGAAAAGGUGAUAGCACAACAAGCCUGGAGAUAGUAGUUGCUGCACAGACAGAAUGAGUCUAAGAUCAGGAAGUCAGUAUAAUGCUGAAGAUCAGCUACCCGGGACACAUCAAGGCAGGGAAAGCACGCCAAGUGUCCAGCAGGAGGAUGUACGCUCACGCUCAUCUAGAUCAGCAAGGUCCAGUCAGAUUUCAUCAGCAAGUGCCCUUUUUGCCAGGGCUCGCGCCAAAGCAGAGGCUGCUCGCGUUCAGCUAGAAUUUGCUGAGAAAGAGGCUGCCAUUAUGAAGGAAAGAUCAGAGAAAGAGGCUGCCAUUAUGAAGGAAAGAUCAGAGAAAGAGGCUGCCAUUAUAAAAGAAAAAACUGAACAGGAAGCAAAGUUGCAUAUUCUUCAACGUCAGUGUGCAGCCGCUGCUGCAGCAGCAGAAGCAGCAGCUUAUGCGGAUAUUGAGCGGUCUGGAAUGGAAUCUAUCCACGAAGGCCCAGAUGUGCCCGAGAAACCGCUUUCCUCUGCAGAACGCACUAGGGCGUAUGUCCAAGAUAUUUCAAGUGGCAGCUCAACAAUACCGUUUCUCAAUCCAAAGUCAGCUGAAUUUAAACCAAAACCAUCAGUACUCCUGAGCGCACGAAAAGAAACCCAUGAGGCUGGCAGUAACAGAGUGAUAAAAGAAGAAUCCUCACCGCAGCAACCCAAACACCAGAGCAUGCAAGACGUCACUAAAUAUCUUAUCCGUAAAGAAAUGGUUAAUACAGGCUUCCUCAAGUUUGAUGACUGCCCAGAAAAUUACUGGGCAUGGAAGGCUUCUUUUCUGAAUGCAGUCAAAGACUUGGACUUAACAGCAGCUGAGACGCUAGACCUGAUGGUAAAGUGGCUUGGGUCUGAGUCUACAGAGCAUGCAAGAAGGAUGCGCAGGAUACACCUAUUUAACCCUUCAGUAGGACUCGAUAUGGCCUGGCAAAGGCUAGAAGAAAGAUAUGGAUCACCAGAGGCAAUUGAAGGUGCUCUGAUGAAAAGACUGGAGUCUUUCCCUAAGCUAAACAGCAAAGACAAUUUAAAACUGCAAGAGCUGGGUGAUAUUCUUUGGGAAGUCCAGUGUGCCAAAGAAGAAGGUUAUUUAAGGGGACUUGCACAUUUAGAUACUGCCAACGGUACUAAGCCUAUAGUGGAGAAACUACCUCACCACCUGCAAGAGAAAUGGGUGAGUGUUGGAGCUAAAUACAAAGAAGAACAUGGUGUCCCCUUCCCCCCUUUCUUUGUGUUUUCUAGGUUUGUACAGCAGCAAGCUAAGAUGAGGUGCGAUCCCAGUUUUUCCUUCAUCACCAGCAGCCAACUGCCUAAGGCAGAAAAGCCACCUAGAUCCUACAAUAGGACUUCAGUGAUCACCCACAAGACAACAGUUCCCUCUGAGGACCCAGGAGAUUCAAGCAGCUACAAGGUAAACACCUUUGAAGGCCCUGACAGACUUUGCCCACUUCAUAAAAAGCCCCAUCCUCUAAACAAGUGCAAAGGGUUCAAAAGUAAACCUAUCAAGGAAAGGUUAGCCUUUCUUAGACAAAACGGCAUAUGCUUCAAGUGUUGUGAAUCCACCAAACACAUAGCUAAAGACUGCAAAAUACAAGCAAAUUGCUCAGAAUGUGGCAGUGACAGACACAUCUCAGCUCUGCACCCCAAUACUUUGCAUCAACCAUUAGAGGUCACUGAAACCCCAAAAGAUGAGGGCAGGGAGCAAAAAGAUAAAUCAGCUAUCCCAGUAAUGUCCAAAUGCACUGAAAUCUGUGGUGACAGUACAAAUCCACGCUCAUGUUCCAAGAUCUGCCUAGCAACAGUGUACCCCACAGGGAAAAGAGAAAAGGCAGUAAAGAUGUAUGUGGUUCUGGAUGAACAAAGUAACAGGUCGCUGGCAAGGUCAGACUUUUUUGAUGCCUUCAACAUUACAUCAAGGGCAGUUCCAUACACCCUAAAGACAUGUGCAGGAGUGAUAGAAACUUCAGGGAGAAGAGCUACUGACUUUACUAUUGAGUCUCUUGACAAGAGGAUCCAUCUCUCACUUCCCACUUUGAUAGAGUGUGAUAUGAUACCAGAUGAUAAAUCAGAGAUCCCUACACCAGAAGUGGCCCUUCAUCAUCCUCAUCUUAAUGCAAUAUCUCACCUUAUUCCAGCUGUCCAGACAGACGUCUCUAUUCUUCUACUUCUUGGAAGAGACAUUCUACAGGUGCAUAAGGUACGCCAACAAAUUAAUGGACCAUUUAAUGCCCCCUAUGCGCAAAGACUUGACUUGGGGUGGGUUAUAGUAGGAGAAGUUUGUUUGGGAGCAGCUCAUCGGCCUGACAGUGUCAACACUUCUAAGACAUCUGUGUUAACAAAUGGACGCACGUCCCUUCUCAGUCCAUGCCAAAACAGCUUUGUUGUUAAAGAAACCCUAAAACCAUACUGUGGCUCUCCUUCCAGUUAUGAUAGGAAUAUUAGUAGUGGUCUGAAGACCGACAAUUUAGGGAACUCAGUGUUCCAGAAGACAAAAGAUGAUGACAAACAAGCAAUGUCCAUAGAUGAUCAAACCUUUCUCCACAUCAUGGAUAAAGAGACUUUCCAAGAUAAGAACAACAAUUGGGUAGCCCCUUUACCUUUUCGCAAACCAAGGUGUUAUUUACCUAGUAACAGAGAGCAAGCCAUGAAGCGCUUAAACACACUACGCAAAACUUUGCAAAGAAAGCCUGAAGUGAAAAAAGACUUUACAGAAUUUAUCAAAAGGAUGCUGGACAAUAAUCAUGCUGAAUUAGCACCAUCACUGGAUAAAGGUAAAGAACACUGGUAUCUGCCAAUGUUUGGCGUUUACCAUCCACACAAGCCAGAUCAAAUAAGAGUUGUGUUCGAUUCCAGUGCUCAACAGGAAGGCAUUUCACUAAACGAUGUACUGCUGAGUGGCCCAGACCUAAAUAACACACUUCUGGGUGUCCUCUUGCGCUUCAGGAAGGAGCCUAUUGCCUUCACAGCUGAUGUGCAACAGAUGUUUUAUUGUUUUCUAGUGAGAGAGGACCAUCGAGACUACCUGCGUUUCCUGUGGUACAAGGAUAACGACAUAGAUAAAGAGGUAACAGAGUACAGAAUGAGAGUACAUGUUUUUGGUAACAGCCCUUCCCCCGCUGUUGCCAUAUAUUGUAUGCGGAAAGCUGCCCAGAAAGGUGCAGAACGUUAUGGUCAAGAUGCCAAGCACUUUGUGAUGAGACAUUUCUAUGUAGAUGACGGACUUGCUUCAGCGAACACACCUGAAGGAGCAGUUAACAUUCUCAACAAAGCAAAACAAAUGCUGGCAGAGUCUAAUCUGCGACUACAUAAGAUUGCCUCUAACAGCAAACAAGUCAUGGAAGCUUUCACCGCAGAAGACAGAGCUAAAGACCUCAAAGACCUUUGCCUGGGAACAGACACCCUUCCAUUGCAGAAAAGUCUAGGCCUAAGCUGGGAUCUAGAUAAAGACUGUUUUGUGUUUCAGGUUUGUUCAGCAGAAAAGCCAUUCACAAGAAGAGGGAUCCUAUCCACUGUUAACAGUCUCUACGACCCUCUCGGGUUUGUGGCACCAGUCACCAUAAAAGGCCUGCAAAAAAGAACUGUACAUCUUUUCAGAUGCAUCUGUUAUAGCAAUAGGUGCCGUUGCUUACUUGAAGGUAAGCGAUGUAGGAAAUGUCUGCCAUGUUGGAUUUGUUAUGGGAAAAUCCAAGCUAAGUCCUAGGCCAGCACACACAAUCCCACGUCUAGAGUUAUGUGCAGCUGUACUAGCGGUUGAACUGUAUGAGCUGGUGAGAGACGAGAUAGACCUAGACCUAGAUGCUGUGAAAUUCUUUACAGACAGUAAAACAGUCCUA